AUAAUUUAGAGUGCAAAAGGAAAAUAUUGGGCGAACCGUAGAGUGGAAAAAUAAGAGAAAGAAAGAUGCUUCGGACUCGGUUGCUGUGGAUUGGAAUUGGGUUCUCUGUAUCAUCCGCCGCCAUUUCUCACUUCGUCUGGAAAGAUCUUAUGCUUCAUCGUUAUGCUCUUUCCUCCGAUAUGAAGCGCAAGUUUGAUGCUCUUGAAGAAAGAAUACUCAAUCUGGAGUCAGUUCCUUAUCACGAUUCUAAUCCCACUCCUGAGAUUGAAGGAUGAAUUUUAUUUGGAGCUGAAGUGAAAACUCUGGUUUGUAUCAUUUUGUUACCGAGUUUCUUUGGUUUUCUGUUACCAGGUGGACAAGAAUGUUUAAUUUUAAUUUGGAAAAUUGGAAUUGUUCUUGAAGAUUCAUGAGGAAAGAAAGUUUUUAACCCUGCAAA